AUCAUUCCACCCCGCUGAGUUUGGUAUCAGGAUGUGUGUGUUACUUUGUCUGUGAGUGUGUGUCGUGUCCACAACUGUGUGUGUGUGUGUGUGUUAUUGGGUGUGUGUGUGUACUUCCUAGUUCCUCAUUUCUAUUUUUGUUCCAUUGAUUUUUUUGUCCAACUCCACGCCCCUCUGUGGAAGGGUUAGGAGGGUUAGCGAUGUUCUCCUCGUCCUCCAAACCCUCUCUCUUCUCCUACUGGACGUCCAUGGAUCAGACAGACUCUGAAGUGCUGGACAUUAGCACCAAGGUGCAGCUGCAUGGGGUGCUCUGGAAGAGGCCCUUCGGACGGUCCUCCGCCAAGUGGUCCCGCAGAUUCUUCAUCAUCAAAGACAGUUUCCUGCUCUACUAUGCGGAGAAUGAGAAGAGAAGCUUUGAGACCAACAAACACUUUAACAUCCACCCCAAGGGUGUGAUCCCUUUAGGAGGCUGUGUUGUGGAUCCGAAGGAAGACCAGGGCAUGCCAUUCGCCAUGGUUAUAAAUCAUGAUGACUUCACUGGUAACAUUGUCCUGGCUGCAGAGAAUGAGGCAGAACAAAACCAGUGGCUGGAGAUGCUGCAGGAGUCUGGCAGAGUCACCUGGAAGAACGCCCAACUGGGAGAAGCCAUGAUAGAGAGCCUGGAAGCCCAGGGACUGCAGCUGGCCAAGGAGAAGCAAGAGUACCUGGAUAAGCUGAUGGAGGAGACAGAAGAACUGAGCCUGCAGCGAGAACAGAAGGAGCAUCUGGAACGUCUGAACCUGGUUCUGGAGGAGGAGAAGCAGAAGUUUGAGGAGCUGGUGAUGGAGCUUAGAGCAGAGCAGGAUCAGAUCAAACUGGACUUGGACGGCACAGCACAGUCUCUGAAAGGUGUGGAGUCUGAAAAAGAGGAGCUGAACAGUUUAACAACACUUCUUCAGAAAUCUAUUGAGGAGCUGUCCCAUGAGAAGCAGCGAACCCUGGAGUUGUUGAGGGAGAAGGAGCUUGAGCAGGGGGCUGAGCGUCCAGAGAAGGACGAGGAGCAGGAGGUGCAGCCUGGUGACACGGGACUGCGAUCGGAGCUGAGACACAUUGAAGAGCAAAUGAGGGAACUGCAGAGAGAGAAGGAGCAGGCUGAGGAGAGGCAAACGGAGAAUGAGCAGCGUGCCACAGUUCUGCAACAGGAAAGAGAGUUCUACUCCUGUCAGUCCAGGACUUUACAGCAGUCCCUCACACAGCUCACUGUGGACAAGAAGCAAACUGAGGUGGAACUCAAGGUGGAGAUUGAGUCUCGUAUGGAGCUGGAGCGGAGGCUGAAGCAGGCUGAGGAGGCUCUACGGAACCUGGAGAAAGGUCUGAGCUCUCUGGAACGCUCCAAAGAGAAGGAUGACAAGAUGAAGGGAGACGUCAACAACCUCAGGAAGUUCUUUGAGGAGUGUAUCUGUGCUGCAGAGAUCGAGGCCAAGCUCCCUUCUAUAAUGAAGAAUGCUGUGUAUCUCCACAAGGCUACAGCACGACGCAUUAAGAGCUGUCGGAUCCAGAGACGGGCCUCCAAACACCACUGGUUGAAACACUCCCAGUCAUUUGUGGUUGCCCGUGGCGACGGCUCCAGCAUGGAGGACCUGAGGGAGACUGCCCGGCGACUGACCUCCGACAGCUGCUUCAGGAAGAGCGUCUACAAGAUCAUCACACGCCACGACCAGGAGGCCUCCGCCAAGAAAGAUGACUGACAGAGAU